UUGUCCUGACAGCUGCUCCCUCUGUGUGUUCGCUGUAUUUGCUUCUUCACUUUCAAACACCUCGCAUAUUUAGAUUUUUAUAGAAAACAUGGCAAGACUUUUUGUGUUCACUCUGUCCUUGUUUUGGUUCUUUCCAGCAUUUUCGCUUGCCUCUGGCUCCAGUCUGAAUAAAGAUCACAUAGCAGCUGGAGUCUUCCUGCUCAUUGAAGGAGGAGGAGUGUACACCUUUAACUUCACUGCUGCUAGAGAUGCCUGCCUAUUUCUGAACGUCACCAUGGCGACAAGAGCCCAGGUGGAGCGAGCAGUGCAGCAUGGACUGGAGACGUGCAAAUUUGGCUGGAUCGCUGAAGUGGCUGUGGUCCCACGACUUACUGCUGAGGAAAAAUGUGGAAGGGGCAAAACUGGAGUGGUGCCAUGGGCUGCAAACACAGAUACAAAGUUUGGUGUCUUUUGCUUCAAUGCAACAGACGACAUGUCAGCAUCCAGCCCACAAAGCUUCACGUCCUCCACCACACAGACAGCAGUGACCCCGACCUCCACACCUGCUUCGCCUGGGCUCACUCUAACAACCACGUCUCCGCCUUCAAGAGAGCUGAAAACAAUAAAAGCCUCUGUGCUGACAUCAUUUACUUCAGCUGUACACGUCAACACAACACCUUCAGGCAGGAUCACCUCCAUCCCCACCUCUCAUAAACCUUUCUCCACUCAUGUUCCUACGUCUCCAUCUCGCCUUGUCAACACCUCAAAACCUACAGUCUUCAGUUACGCCUUAGAUCAUGUCUCAGAUAUCACCUUCACGUCAGAGUCAGUGACAACACCAACGAUAGACUCUGAAAAACCUUCUCUAGGAGACGUACCAACAGCACUCAUCAUCCUCUGUGUCAUUGUUCUGCUCCUCACAGCAGCAGGCGUGGUGUGGUACUACAAACUGAAUAUUUUCACCUUUUGGUCUCAGACGCAGCAGAAGGACGACAUAGAGACAGAGAUGUGGAAGCACACCAGCAGUGAGAUGGACCUGCACAGUUUACAGGACGGAGAAGAAGAAGACGAAGAAUCAGACAGGAAGUACUCCAGUGACAUCACGCUCUGUGUGAAUCCUGACACCAAAACAAACUCUUCAGAGUAGCUUCAUGUUAACUCUUUUGGAGUUUUUUACUUUUUUAUUUGUGAUGUGGAUUGAGUAAUUUCAGCCUGAUCCCAGUAUUUAGUUUGUUAAUACAAGUCAUUUACAAACCAUAGGAUGGUUAACUUUUUUUUAAUGUGCCUUCCAAAAGGAUUGUAAAUAUACUUGUGCAUUUUAUGUUUUUCUAUAAAUGUUGUCUUUGUUGAUUGAUGUAGAAAACGGCGAUCCUCCCUGUGUUUGUGUGUGAGAAUAAAUGAGUCGACUCUUGAAAGGUUUUGGAUAAUUUAGAAAUAAACCGUCGUUUUUUAUUUGGA